CGCUUGACCUUGUCAGUACUGUAUUGCUACAGCUAAUACAUUGUACGAACCAUGUGUAUGUUCCUCACCAACAAAAUCAACAAAUUCUAUUACUUAUAUGAAUCUGACUUCCAUAUACGCACGUCUGACCAAUUAGUAAGAUCUUUUAGCUAUAGCAGGACACAACAUAUAGGAGAAUAAUGCCCAAGGGAAAAAGAAAAACAGGUCGAAGAGGGGCUGGAUCACGUCCCUCGAGUGACGAUGAAAUUGACACACCUGAUAACCAAAGCGUUGUCAGUUCCAUAUCAGAUGAUGGUUACUUCCAUCCCAUUGCUGAAGAAGGACACGAUGCUGAUGGAGAGGUGGAUGAGUCAACAGUACAGCAGAAUUUUGAGGACAACUUGAGAGAAUGUAUUGAUGGACUCAUGGAAAAAAGUCAACAAACGCGUAUCAACUGUUUAAACAACCUUAUCAAAGCUCUUUCCACCAAAUACAUUUGUGACUUUCUCUUGAAUGUCAAAUUCACAAUUGUAGAGAGUCUAUUACGUCUCUUGAAGAAGGGCAAAUGUGAGGAACAGGUACUGGCUGCCCAUUGUGUGGGUCAACUUUUUGUCCAGCUUGGAGAAGACAGCAAAGACUUGUUUGAAGAUGUGCGAGAGACGUUGAUGCACCUGCUAAAUGACCAUGCCAGCUCUGUAAAAGCUCGUCAAAAGUGUGCCGAUACUUUAUCCAUAUGUAGCUUUGUCGCUUGCCGUGAUGUGUUGAUGAUGCGUAAAAUCAUGGGUUCACUGGAGCAAGUAUUCAAAGAAUCUUACCUGAAGAACCAGAAGGCCAACACCAACCAAAAUGAUCCUUUCUCUAGUCUCUAUUCUAGUGCUUUGUCAGCUUGGACUUUACUACUAUCAAUUGCACCCAACAGCUACAUAGCAGAAAUGGUUGACAGCCAUUUGGGUAAUGUAAUAAGUAUGUUAGAGAGUCCAGAUGUGGAACUAAGAAUUGUGGCAGGAGAAACUAUUGCACUGAUGUAUGAAUUACAGCGAGGUAUUGACCAGGAUUUUGAAGGUGAUGAUAUUGUAAGUUUAUGUGAGAUGUUAAAACAGCUGGCUACUGAUGGCAGUAAACAUCGUGCCAAAAAGGAUCGGCGGCAGCAAAGAUCUACCUUCAGAGGGAUAUUGAAGUUUAUAGAGGAUUUGGAGAGUCCUGCUGACAUGAUCAAAUUUGGACCAGAGUGCCUUUACCUAGACAGCUGGGCGAGGAAGAAACAGUACGAUAGCUUCUGUCAAGUUCUUGGGUCAGGUACUCCUCAACAUUUUCAGGCCAACUAUUUGUUGAGGGAUGUCUUUGACCUUGGUGCUCCUUUACUUGAACUAGAUGGCUUCAAUCAUAGACCAAAGAAAAUGACGAAGGGAGAACGGAACUACUACAAUAUAUCGGUGGAGAAAAAACGUACCAAAGCUCGUGCUAAGAAUCGUGACAAGAGAUCUGUCACUGUGAGUUGUUACUGAGCCUGAUUAUCAUCCACCUGUUUCCAGUUAGGAGAAUUGAUCUCGCUUAUCUUCAUAGCAGGGCUCACUCAACACAAGGCCUGCUUUCAAUUUCUAGAAGUUGACAGUGGUGGUGGUAUCAACAGCAUGUAACGUUUAAGUUACCAUGGUUCAAUGAUUUAUAUUUCCAAUUAUUAAAUAGGUUUUUGUUGUUUUUUUUACUUUCAAAUUGUAGGUUUUGUUUUGUUCAUUCCUUUCUCCUUUCCCUGGCUCUCAUCUUUCUGCUUCAUCUUGCUGAGUACCUCAUAAGAUACAGCUUGUUAAAUAAUAUUGAGACUGAUUAUGUGCUCCACACAGCAUUGUAGCAAUAUUUUGAAGUGAGCCUCCUAAUAGUUCUCCCUCCAUCCAAAACUGAAUUUAUUUUUAUUUAUUACAGAAUCUGGUUAUGAAAUUGUGGUUGUUGGUUGUGUUGCUAUGGCAUGUAACUUAGUUUCAUCUUAACUUUUUUUAUAAUCCGCUGAAAUUUGCAUCAUGGUUAAGGUCCGGUGAGAUUACACACUAGUUUUAUGUUGUUGGUUAUACUUUUGCAUCAUUCGUACUUCAGUUUUUGUCAUCUUAGCAUCACGUUAGCUUCCUGUCAAACUAAUUUCUUUCGUUAAUUACUCUAUCAUCGUUACUCAGCUAGUCCACAUGAGCUGUUUGAAUAGUUUGAGAGGAAUCAGUUUAAAAUCGAAUAAUAAUUGCUUUGUGCUUUCAAUAACGAAUUCAUCAGUACAGUGAUUUUUCUGUUUGAAUUUCCUCUGGAUUUAUGGUUAUAUAUAUAUGUAUAUUUUUAAAGAACUCUGGAAAUUUCCAUUAUACCAUGGUGAAUUUUAUACCGGAGAUGUUAGGACUGACAUGGUAGCUCUUGGUUAAAUUACUGUUCAUCUCCUGUGAUGUGGUUUUAGUCAGCUUGUUGCUGCCUGUUUUUAUAUUUCUCAUUUGAUUCUGGAUGAACAUCUUCCUCAGGAUUGUGAAAAUGUUUAAAAUCGACUUAUUUUUAUGUAUUUUGCCUGAAUGUUCUUCAAUUUUUGUGUGGCGGGGUGUAUAAUUUCAAAUGUUCCUUUCAACUUACCACCGGUGAGGCUAAUUUAAUGAACAUGCCUUACAUAUCUGUCUUUACUGUCCAGUGAUCCUGUGGUAGCAUUCGGCUGCAACCACUGAUGUGAUUGUCGUUUCUCCUCCCACCAUUUAGACGUCCUGUUUUCUUGCCACCUACAUUAACAGUUGUAUUGUGGUUGUGCUCAUCCUUAAAAUACAUUUAGAAUCCAAUUAUAUUGCCAACCAGAAACACACAGAAAUCACUAUAAAUUUGUUUUCAUUUUCCUCUCAUUUAAAAUAAAUUAAAUAUAUGAUAUUUUUAUGAGUUGUCAAAAAUCUAUUAAAAGCACAAAAAAAAAUAUUCAUUAUCAGUCCAUUGGAUAUUGUUUGGACAGUGUGUGUGUGUGCAUAUAUUUAUAUAUAAUAUAUAUACACACAUUUUAAAUGUAAACCAAAGUGAAAAGGUAGUGUGAAAAGAUUUAAUGGUUUCUUUGGUGUUACCCAAGUGUAUUCUGUUUGACACUAUGGUUCAUUUCUAAAUUGCUUCAUUACUACAUGGCUGGGCUUAUUUAACAAUUAGUCAUUUCUCACCUUGUCUUUUAUCUUUUCUACAUCUGUACUAUCUCACUUCUCCAUUCCUAUGCUGAUUUUUCACUGUGUUCUCCUAUUGUCACAUUUGUCUUCAAUAUAUAUAUAUAUAUAUAUAUAUGCACUGCCAGUGUGUAUGUUUACAUCUCAAUGCAAAGCAUUCAAGUAUAAGUACAUAUCUGAGAUAGACGAAAAAAUGUGAGCUCCAUGUCCUCCGUGGAAUCCACCACUCACAUUAGUUCUCUUGGUAUUGGGGUGUGUAAAAUUUUAAGGCUGUUUUGAACCCUAGCACGAACAGUUUAUAUCUUACCUGUUGGGCAUGAUGGGAGUGCCAUUGAAGAAACACGUCAGGUAGUGAUCGUUACACUGAAGCCUGUGUUUCGGUGUGGUUUCUCUCAUGUUUGCACUCUUGCAAGUUUAGCUUUGUUUAUAAAUGCAAACAUCUGUUUACUGUUCAACUUCAGAUUAAUGAUAUAUAAAUAUAUGUAUUGAUACAUAUAUGAUGGAGAAAGCCAUGUUGAACGCCCAUCUGUAUCAUAAUAUCCAAAGCACAGCAAGCUUCAAUACAAAGCAUAAUAUGUAAAUCUAUUGAAUUUCAGAAUUAGUUUUGUCAUUUCUUUCUAGUUUGACAAACUCUGAUAAAGAGGAUUAUGAUUAUUGACUUGGUUAUUUAGAAAGUCCUAUAUUUGGCAAAAAAUGCUGGGAUGGGGGUUGGUGGAGGUUAAGAUGAAUGUUCAAGGAUUUCGCUGUUUUUCACAUCUAUAAGGUACUCAUAACCCACCCAUAUCUCCUAUUUUCCUUUAUUUAUCUAUUUAUUUUAGGUUUUAUUUUAUUCUUCAUAAAGAUGAGUUCUUAUUCCAGACGGCUAGACAGAAAAUUCUUAUUGGAAUGGAGAUGACCAAUGUUAUGUGGUCUUUGCUACUUACCAUCAUCUUAAUCCUUCAUUUUUUUUUUUUUUUCUUAUCCCAUCUAUCCAUGCUGUCUAUCCACCCUCAUCAGUCUCCACAUCUAAAUUAAGUUGCAAACCAAAGCAAAAUAACAACAAAAAAAUAAUAAACCUUAAAGUGAAUAUUUUUGUAAACUUGUGCAUGUGUAUAUAAAUAAAUCCUUUGUGUGUGUAUGCAUAAUAUAUAUAUAUA